UAUUCCUACGCUAAAAAUACCACUUGCUUAUCCGAAGGACGUGUGAAUUCCGAAGAUGGUGAUGAGCACAUGGGCAUUGGGACAGGCGCAGAGUCACUCCUCGGGACCUUCCUGGACAUACAAGUUGACGAGAUGGGUGAACAAGCUGAAGCAAUGGCACGCUUGCGGAUGCAAUCACACCACAGCCACGAUCUAAACUUGUAAUCGACCCUCGAAUAUUUGAAUUCCAAGCAGGCUAUCCACGGGGUCCGCGUUGUAUUCUAACAACACCCACAUCGACCUCAUUGGCCGAAAACCACCUGUAUGUAAUGAACGCGUCAACACGGAUCACACGGGACACUAGUAGCCAGCGAGGCGAUGGUCGUCUUCCGAAUCCACACCGAUACAUGUCAACGGGAAGAAACCCGGCGGAACCAGCCCGAAUCGAACCUAUCUAUGCGCGGCAUGAGAACGACG